AAACAGGGGGAGAGGCGGAUGUUUGGAUGAAGAAGUGCAGCAGAAAGAGAAAGCAUCCAGCAAAAUGAACAGAGGAGAAGAGCUAAGCAGGGAGAGAAAGGGGGAGCAAAAGAGCUGAAGCGACAGAGCGAGAGAGAGAGAGAGAGAGAGAGAGAGGAGGAGACUGGGGAAACGACAGAGAGAGGUAAUGAGCACCAAGCUGCAGGAGUAUUAGCUGUCAGCCUCCUGAGCUGCAGAUCUCAUUAAAGGAUGAAGCAACCAUUGAGGCACAGUGUGUGCGGAGCCUAAGGUUCCCUUCGAGGUAUUGUGUGUGUGUGUGUCUGUGUGUGUGUGUAUGUUUGUCAUUCACAGUGCUGUGUCGUUGCUUCUGCUGCAUCAGAUCCUUCACGUGUGUAGACAGCUGUGAUCCCCCAUCAAUCCCCCCUCCAACGUUACUACGACAACCAUGGACUGCGGACUGCGUCUGCCUCCUGUCAUCGAGGAGGUCAUGGACGCUGCAGAUGAUCUGUGUGAGCUGAAAGCCGAGCUCCCGGGUUUAGGCGAUGGACUGACGGAUAAAGAGCGUGAAUCCUUGGACGACAAUGAAGAGAAGGAGGAGAAAGAGGUGGAAGUGGGGAAUGGAGAGAAAGGCCUGAAGGAGGAGAAGGAAGGGAAGGAGGAGAGAGCUGGAGAUGAAGAAAGAGAAGAGACAAGAGAAGUGGAGGAGGAGGAGGAACUGGAGGAGCUGAGAGCACAGGUGGUUCAGCUGAUGUUGGAGCUGGAAGACGCAAGGGAGGUGUCCCAGAGGCAUGAGGAGAGCUACAACGAGCUGCAGGGGCUUUUGGAGGACGAGCGCUUAGCCAGUGCCAAUCAGGCUGAGAGCUUCACAAGACAGAUCCAAAGGCUUCAAGCCCAGCUGCGCUCUGUGCAGGAGGAGUUGGACAGUCUGGAAGAGGAAAAGGCCAGUGAGCUAUGGGAAGCCCAGGAGGAGCUGCGAGUGGCGCAGGAGGAGGUGCAGGAGCUGCAGCAGGCGGCUGAAGAGGCCGCAGCUGAGCGGGAGAAUGACAUCGCCCUCCUGCAGGAGGAGCUGUGCAGGCUGCGGGCAGAGCUGCAGAGACUUCACAACACUACACAGGAGUAUGAGUUAGAGCUGACUACACUGCGUGCCGAGAUCACCAUGAAGAGUCAGCACAGGGAAGAGCAGGAACGAACAGGCACAGAGGGAGAGGUAGGCCAGCUGAAGGAUAAAUGUCGCUCCUUGAUGGAUGAGUGUCAGACUCUGAGAAACGACAACCAGCAUCUUGCUGAGAAACUGCAGCUGCUGGAACAGCAGAGAGACAGAGAAGAGCAGGACGGUCAGAAGGUGGACGAAGAGCAGGCAGUGAAGGCUGAGGUCUACAUGAGCAUAUUACAAACGGAACAGACGACCCAUCAAGAGGACUCGAGUCUCCAGAAGAACUCGAGUGAGGACAAAGCUGCGAAUCCCGAGCAGAGGAGCGAGGAGCUCUCUGAGGUGUUCACUCUCCGAGACCAACUAAAACAGGCUGAGGAGCGAGCAUCCCAGGUCCAGAGAGAGUGUGAGGUGUUAAAAGGCGAACUUGUCGAGCUGCAAGGACUUUACGAGAGCAGUCAGAAGGAACGGGCCGAGCUGGAGGCGGAGCUACAGCGCUGUAGGGCGGAGCUCGAUAGGCUGGCAGGAAGGAAGGCCCAGAACUCCUGUCCUCCAUCUGAGUCCCCUGUUCUCUCCAUACCCUUCAUAGGAAUGGUUGUAAUAAUGGCGCUGAUAUGGUGCUGCUGGACGGAGCUCUUGUCCUAAAGAGGGAAAGGAGCGAGAAGGAGACUGGAACCUGGUUAUGCUGGUUGCCAUGGCAGCAGCAGCCGUUUUGCUCGUACCCAGUUUGACCCGAGCGUUCGCUUGAGUCUGGACAGGAAGUGACCUCGAUCAGGUCAACAUCUCAUAUCCACUUGCUUGCUUACCCUCUCUUUGGUAUACAUUCACGUAUGCGCGCUCUUUCUAUCUCUCACCAACACACACACACACACAUACACACACACACACUGCUAUAAUCGUACUUAAGGACUUCUGAAACAGGAGGAAAAAAACAAAAACACACCACAUUCACAAGUGCUGCUUUUGGUUCUUGCUUCUGGCUGUGCUCAAUCUCACCCUCAGACACACUCUUCAAACAUCUCUCUCGCUUUAGACACCGUCUCUGGCUUUAGACGCGCUGCUUUUAAGAUGUGCCGUGACAGCAUGUGAUAUGUGAUCCUGAAAAUCUUCCAGUCGUAUGUCACUUCUCAAAUAUCGGCUAGAUCUUUAUAACGAUAUUUUCAUGUUUAGCUAGAUUUAACACCAGAGAAAGUAUCUGUUCUAAAGCAUGCGUUAGACAGUUUUAACCAGCACCGAUGUUAAAUGUAAAUGUUCCGUACCUACUGUAACUGUGGGAUCAAUCAAUUUGUAGAGUAUUUCCAUUUCCGUUCUCAACUCUGGAUGUUAUGGAGAAUGCAGAAUUAUUCAGACAGUAGCAAGAAAACCGAUAUCUAUCGCUAAAACUCAAUGAAACCUGUCACACUGAUACACUACUAACUUAACUGCUGUAUAAAAUUCUAACACUUUAAGUUGCAUAGAUAUUUUAUAUAUAGAUGUAUAUAUAUAUAUAUGUGUGUAAUCAACUUGAUUUGAUGUAACGAGUUUAACGACGGUUUAAACAUAAAAAAUAGGGUUAUUUUUGUACAAAACAAAACAAAACAAAACUGAAGUCUAGUGAACAUAAGAACAUUUCAUGAGACAUUGACCUUAUUAUAUUUCAGAGCAAAUACUCCUCUCAAGCACAUAAUACAGUGCAGCUCACAAUGAUUUGGCUCUGUAUGCCACUCACAUGAAAAAAAAAACUUUAGUGAACUUUAAAUAUAUUCAAUAUUUCAAGGGACCAUAUGCAUUUGAUCAAUGAAAUCCUCGUGCCAUUGCAUCAUUCUUUCCUGCCCAAAGGAGCGAACGAAAAGGUCUACGAAUGUCUCUAGAUAUAAUAUUAUAUACAUAUAUAAAUAUAUAUCUGGAGAUUUUCAAUCUAUCAACAUAAGAACCAAAGAAAUGUCAAUAGUUGUGAGGUUAAACUACAGAAUGAAUGAAUCAGAGCUACAAUAUGAAGUGUCUCAGAAUCAGCUACAUGCCAGCAUUAUUUCACAGAUACACUAAAGACCACCGUACAGAGAUUUGUAGCACAAAAACAGUAGCUAUUUCCUCAAAUAUGCAGCUUCAAUACGGUUCCUCGUGAGUUUGUUAGAUGGAACCUUGUUUUUCUAAGAGGGAAAAUAAACAAAUGGUAGGAUUUUUGGCUCAGAAAUCUUUUAUCACCUACGGACUUCAGUGGAUUAUACCUAAUAAUAAUAAUAAUAAUAAUAAUAAUAAUAAUAAUAAAAUUAUUCAUUUGUUUUCUGUAACUGCUUCAUCCUGGUCAGAUUAAUGGUGGAUCCAGAGCCAACCUGGGAAUACUAGGCUUGAGUCAGGAAUACACAUUGAAUGGUACAGCACUCCAUCACAGGGCAACACACACACACUGCUACGUUUUUGGAAGGAGGGACGAAACCUGAGAAUCCAGAAGAAACCCAUACAGGCACAUGAUGAACAUUCAGAUAAAUACCUCAAUUCAGACAGUAACUGAGAUUCUGGAUCAUAUUGAGAAAGCUAACACUCAUGGCUUUGGGAAUUUUCAUAAAUAUUUCUGUUUAUAUCUUGUGUAAUGGGGCAAUAUGCUCAUAGAAAAAUUCUAAAAAACAAAAGUAGCUUUCUUCAAAGUAAAUGUUGAUAGUAAACCCAUUUCUGCUCUCUGAGAUGCCCCAAGCAUCUAAAAUGUGAAGGUGUUUAUCUUCAACCACUAAAAUUCUGUGUAAGGUUAUCCAACAGAGGGGAAAACACACGUCUCACACUGAAAGUCCUGACUCAUUUAAUAUAUCAGACUUACAGCCAUAAAACUAAUAUAACUCUAUAUAACUAAUAUAACUCAUUUCCUUUAUACAAAUGAAUGUCCCAUUAGUUGAUUUAUGUUCAUAUGGUGUCAGGGAACACCAGUGUAUUGGUAAAAAGUGUUAAAGAUUCUUCACAGACAUGAGCACACUGUUAGGUAAGCUCUCAAUCAGCUACUUGGCUAUUAAUUGUAAUCGUCAAUGGUGAUAAGGAUGAAUCGAAUCUAAGUAAAAUGUGUGUGAUCCAUCAUUGUGUGUCCUAGUGUUUCCAGGACAGGCUCUGGAUUUACUGCAAAUCCAAUUUGUCUGUUAUUUCUGUUUCCCUGAAAUGGGAGCUGAUGUAUGAAAUAUAAGAUGCCUUUCGGAUUCACCCUUCAGCGUCAAAAAGGGUCAGAGCUGAAACAUGAAAAAUAUCCCUAAAACUUCAAAUACCAAAUAUCGAAUAAUAUUUAUAUUCAUCACCAGACGUGUAGCACAAAAACAGUAGCUUUCUCUAAAAGUAUGCAGCUUCACAUAUUCUUCAAGGAAUGGUUAAGACAUUUUGUCCUUUAUAGAGGCACGUAAAACCCUUCGUAGGUUCCCUUUUAAGGGCUCCUCAUGGAGGACAGACCAAAGAACUAAAGAUUUCGGAGAACUUUUAAACGCGAAGGCACACAAAUGAUGCAAUUUCUGUUAAAAAAUGUAUUUUGUCUAAAGAAAAAAACAGUGAAUGAUACCUGAGAAUAUUAAUCUGAUUAACCCCCUGUGCAGUCUCAAAAAAAAUAGUAGCAGUGGUGGCUUUGUGGAAGUUCACUGAAGCAAUUUAUUGUUUCAAAGUUAACUGUAAUGCGCAUUAAAAGUGCUUCAUGUGUCUAUAUACAGAUGAUAGAUUAUUAAUAUGCUAGAAGCAAGAACAAAAACCCUGUUAACUAUGUAUGCAGUCAAACAGUGACAUAGUGGGAGAUAUUAAGCAUCAGAUACUCUUACUGCAUCAGAUACUCUAUUAAUAAUAAAUUAUUAAUAUAUUCUAAGCAAAUCCUUAAAAUUUCGUAAACAUUAUUUACAAUGUAAUUGGAAGGCCGUAGGUUCAAACCCCUGGUCACACCCAGCACCCACUGGUCCUUAAACCUCAAAUUCUCAAGAGAUUUUGAAUGAAUCAAAUUCUAAAGCCCAUAAAAGAUCCCAUGUUGGUCCUUCACCUGAGCUUUCUCCUUAUAGAGAGAAGUUUAGGUAGCUGAACAUAUAAUGACUAAAUGAAAUCUUGAUCGUUUUCCUCAGCAGUUCAGGAUUAAUAAACCAUCAUUGCAUCAUGAACUUUAUAAUUAACUGAUAGAACGAGCAUCACACUGUAUAUCUCUCUCCUUUUUACGUUGUGAUCAUUUUUAGAAACUCAGGCCUUAAAAGCAAAUUAGUGGCUUAUACACAACCAAUAGAACACAGUGACUGAAUAUUAAAGCACAAAAACAUUCCAGAGUGUUUUAUAUAUAUAUCACAAUUUAGUAUAUAACUGAUUAUCUGUGCAUGCUUACUGCUAGCAGUGUUAUAAAUAUCUUCAAUAUCUUUUCUACCACAGCAGCUCAGUCCUGAUGAGUUACAGACCACAGAAGCUCUGACAGUAAAAUCAUUAACUUGAUCAACUUGAUUUGAAAAGGAAAUCUCGAUAUGGUGAAGUUUUCUGUAAGGAUGUGUUUAUGUAGUAUUUAUGGAAGGAGUCUCCAGUGUCAGUGGUAAAGCUGUAGUUUUAAUGCACCGUGUAGUUUGUUUGUUGGUAAAAUGAGAAACUUCAAGAAGGAGAAAAUAAAAAACCAGUGACUGUAUAGCUGCUAUAACGUAAGUGAUAACAGGAACUGACUUAUUUAAUUCUAAGAGUUUAAAAAUUGACGUGUUGGCAAGUUGAGAAAUAAAACAAUAAAAAUAGUAUUCGUGGUUUUCACUGAAAAACAUAAUUAAUUCAUUUCCUUAUUAUAAUGACUUUAUUAUUACUGUAUUGUUUAGUUUACUUAACCCUUUCACACAGUACAAAUGAACUAAUUUUUAAACGAAAAACCCCAAAAGUCCGACGUUUAGCUAAGGAAAAAUGAACUCAUGUAAAAUCCUGUGCCUCUUUCAUAAACAGUGUUCGAGGACUCAUAACAUGAAAUCAGUUCAGGUGUGUUUCUCCCAUACACUGCGUACCUCCUGGUCUUCCAGGAUCCUGUCUUUAGACCUGUCCUGAUUUGCUAACAGUCUGACUUUAUAAUGCAUGCUACAACAGUAAACACUUCUUUUUCUAUGGAAAAUGUGGUCAUUUGUUCUGUAUUAUAAAUACUAUCAGUAGUUAUGCAGGUGUGGUGGGAUAUACUGAGAACAUGAAGCCUUCGAAUCUAAAGCAUCGUCACGUCGGCUGAGACGUUUGGGAUUUUGUAUCGGUUUAUUUUUUCUCCUUGUAAUAAAAUGAACAGAGGCGACAGUCUGCAGCGGCGCUUGUAAAUCCUGUAAAAGCGAAUGUGUGUUUGCACGUUCCUCACUGUGGAUGCGCUUGCAUUGAUGAUUUUUCUUCUUCUUCAUAAAAACGCCACGCAGAGCAUGAGUCUUUUUGGAAAAUCUUGCAUUGGUGAGAAUGAUCUUAUUUUUUGGACUUUUGUAGAAAUGAUCAAUUCACUUCUCUACUCUGUUUUGUUCUGUAUUGUUAAAUGUUUUCUACGUGCAUCUCUAAAGUUAUUCAGAAUAUUUUUUCUUUAUACAGUCCCUUAAGUUCUUGAUAGUGACUAUGUAUGUGUGUGGUACAAUUUCAAACACAUUAUUUAGUCGUUUAUUUAAUCAUUCAUUCAUUCAUUUUUGGCUGCAUUCGACUAAAUUCCCCGAAGAAAACCAAAGAAUCUCCUAUCCUCUACUCUGAAAGUCAGGAAGAGCUCCUCAACCCAGAGCAUGCGACGUCGUAUCAACAUGGCUGUUCACAAAAUAGCACUUUCUGUUUAUGUUUAAAAUAAAUAUCCUAUAUAAGAGAUAUCCUAGUAUUUGCUUUAGAUUGUUCAACAUACAGGCAUUUUAUCUUGUUGAAUCUGUAACACUGGCUAUAAAGUUUUGAGGAGGAAAUCAUACAUCAGUCAUAUUAUUAAUGUUAGUUGGCUAGAUUGUCGUUAACAAAAGACGGAAAUUAUUCUGUUUUUCUCACUUUUUAUAGCAUGUGAGUUAAAAAUGACAUAAUUCCAGGUUAAGAACAAAGCAUACAGUUAGUACCAACUGCACGUGUCCAAGCUAAAAACAAUACUAACAAUACAUUUAACCAUAAAAUAAUACCAUAUCCAUUUUUAUCCAUUUAUAGUUAAAAUUUUCUUUGGUACAUAGCGUCCUUUUGCACCAUAGUAGUUUGUAUAUCUGUUUAAUAGCUAGAACUUUUCUAGUGUAUUUUCUUAAAAUGUUUUACCGUCUUACCUGCAAUCUUGUCCAACCCAGUACUUUAGAGUUUUUACUAAACACAUACCUAGUUAAUACCAAGAACUUAGUGUGCAGACUUAUCCGAAAAGAGUCAGUAGACUCAGGUGUAGGUUCCGCUUGGUUGGAAUGAAAACCUGCCCCCACAUGACCCUUUCUGGAUAAGACUGUACACCUCUGUCUUAUGGGAUUGUAAAGGAAGUGUUCAUAAAUCUUACGCCUUGAUAACUGUAAAAGUGUUAAAGUUAAACAUAAAUGACAAAUAUGAUCCCCAGAAAGAUUCGACUCAUUUGAGUGACUCUUUCGAGUUGUGAUGAUAUUGUUGUAUCAGUAUCUGAUAGAGCUCUGCAACCAUCUUCUUCUUUUUGGUUUCUGGUCACAUGAUGAUAUGUUUUCCUGGAUGCUUAUGAAUAUGAGUUUCUUCCAAUACGCUGACUUAUACUUUCUUCCGUUUUGUAACAUGUAAAAGUGUGUAAAAGUAUGUUCUCAAACGGCUCUGGUUCAGCAGGACAAAAAAUGUCAAGGAAAUGGCUGAAAUGUGGAAUAUAAUGAUGUUUUGAAAUGUAUACGCGUGACUGUGUGGAGAUGCUGUUGACUGUCUGUGUGUCACCCUGCUUCAUUAAACUGUACUGUACAGUGUCUAUUUGUGUAAAAAACACGAGUAAAAACUUUAUGUAUUUUGGUAAUCUAACUGUAUAUUUUGUAAAUGAUUUGAAAGAAAUAAAGUAGUUUAUCCAUGUA